CCCCACCCAUCUUUGCUUCUUGGGUUUCAAGGGGGAGGGCUGGGGGAUGGGACUGUUGCACUGAGCAGAGAGGGUUCCAGCCCUCAGCUUUCAAAGUCCUUAACAUGAAUCAUUAAUUUGGAGAUCUGAUGUCUGGGCUGGAGGGAGGGCUCCUGUACCUGGAAUGGGUUCUAGUUUCCAACUGUUUGGAUGGGUGUGUGUGUGUGUGUGAGAUUAAGGGUGUGUGUGUGAUUAAGUGUUUAGAUCUUUUCUUUGGGCCUCCCACCCCCAGCCACAGAACUUGCACGCACCUGUACCUGUGUCAGCAUCCUGCAGAUAUUUCAGUUUCUCUCCCUACUCUUCCACUGCACCCUUCAUAUGAGAUGUUUCACACUCUGGAGAAGGAUAUACAAAAACACUCCUCUCGCCCCCAUCCCAGUUCUUGGGCUUCCCCAGGCAAAAAUCCCAAGGGCCAAUUUCCAUUUAUUUCUUCUCAACUACUUUAGUUCAGACUGUCAGGAGAGGUUGUAAGGAGGCCUGAAGUACCUUUAAUCAUUCCUCACAUCCCCUUAAAGAAGACAAAAACAGCUUCCCAGGGAAGCCAUCAGUGAGAGUCCAGGGAAGUGGCCCAAAUGAUUCCAGUUUAAUACUUGUCAUUACUGCUUCCCUCAAAUAGUCUCCAAAGCUCAUGAACAGAAAGAGGAUAGGAUCUGGGUUUGGAGUAAAGAAGGGAAUGUGGUUUUCUCAGUUCCCCAAUUUUUCCUCACCUUUCUUAGGCUCUUCCACUUUCUCUCCACUUUUCCAAAAUUGUGUGUCUUCUCCUUUAAGGGGCUGGGCAUCUCUUCCGCCCUCUCCAGAGUCGACUGAAGUUUCCGUGGAGCCUUCUCUAGCUGGACUGGACACACCUCUCAGAAGACCCCAAAUCGUGCUCCUUGCACCUCAAGUGCUCCUUUCCCUUGAAUCUUCCUCCUGCCCUUCUCCCUGACUUCCCUCCUGCUAGCUACAGGAUUCAGCCUCUCCCCAAGGGGCUUGAGCAUCCUCGAGGUUUUCCACCCUUGACCGCUCCAUCCCCGGAUGGAGCCAGAGAAAUGUGGUGGGGGGGCCGGGGCCAGAGUUUCAACAUCGCCCCCCAGAAGGAAGAGCCAGAGAUGGGGCUCUCUGGACCGAAGUCUGUCCAGGGGACUGGGAUGCCAGAGCCCAGGAGUCGUCAGCUGGGCAGCUGCCUGGCCUCUGGAGGCCUCCCAGGGGAGCAGAUUCUAGCAUGGGCCCCGGGGGUGAGGAAGGGGCUGGAACCUGAAAUUCCUGGAACCCUGAUCUGCAGCAACUUGAGGGUCACCUUCCAGCCCCGUGGAUGGCAGCGGAGUCAGGAGACUCCCCUGAGCAGUGAGUAUGAUUUUUCCUUGGCCAACAUUGGGCGAUUAGAGGCUGUGAAUGGCCCGUCCCGAGUCCAGCUCCUCCGUCCAGGGUCCCUGCUUAAAUUCAUCCCUGAGGAGAUUCUGAUUCACGGCCAAGACUUUCGACUACUCAGAGUUGGUUUUGAGGCUGGAGGACUAGAGCCUCAGGCCUUUCAGGUGACCAUGGCCAUUGUCCAAGCCAGAGCUCAGAACAGUCCAGCCCAACAGUAUGCAGGGAUAACCCUGAGCAAGGCUGGCCAGAGUUCUGACUCCAGAAAACCACCUAUUCCCCUCUUGGAGACAAUAGAAGACUGGGAGACUGAGCGGAAAAAGCAGGCAGCCAGGGGCUGGAGGGUCAGCACCGUCAAUGAGAGGUUCGACGUAGCCACCAGCCUCCCUCGUUACUUCUGGGUCCCUAACCGAACGCUGGACAGUGAGGUCAGGAGAGCAUUUGGCCACUUCCAUCAGGGCCGUGGACCGCGCCUGUCCUGGCAUCACCCUGGGGGCAGUGAUCUUCUUCGUUGUGGGGGCUUCUAUACAGCCAGUGACCCCAACAAGGAGGAUAUCAGAGCAGUGGAGUCCAUGCUUCAGGCUGGGCAUUCAGACGUUGUCCUUGUAGACACCAUGGAUGAGCUGCCUAGUCUUGCAGAUGUCCAACUUGCCCACCUGAGGCUGAGAGCCCUCUGCCUGCCUGAUUCAUCUGUGGCUGAGGAUAAAUGGCUCUCAGCUCUGGAAGGAACACGAUGGUUGGACUACACCAGGUCUUGUCUUCGAAAGGCCAGUGACAUCUCAGUCUUAGUGACAUCCAGGGUUCGCUCUGUAGUACUUCAAGAGCGCGGUGAUCGUGAUUUCAAUGGCCUCCUCUCUUCACUCGUCCAGCUGCUUUCAGCCCCUGAAGCCCGAACACUGCUUGGCUUCCAAUCAUUAGUCCAACGAGAGUGGGUGGCAGCUGGACAUCCUUUCCUGACCCGACUUGGGGGAUCUGGGGCCAGUGAAGAGGCCCCAGUGUUUCUCCUCUUCCUUGACUGCGUCUGGCAGCUCCUCCAGCAGUUUCCAGCUGAGUUUGAAUUUUCUGAGUUCUUCCUUCUUGCUCUUCAUGACAGUGUCAGAGUUCCUGACACCCUUACAUUCUUGAGAGACACCCCCUGGGAGCGUGGAAAGCAGAGUGGACAGUUCAACAACUAUACACAAGUCUAUACCCCUGGGUUCCCAGGGGCUGGGAACUCUAUUAACCCACAACUAUCUGUCUGGGACUGGAAUUUACGCUACAGCAAUAAACAAAUACUACAAUUCUGUAAUCCUGGCUAUAACCCAGAACACUGCCCAGAUUCCUGGCUCCCUAGACAGCAGCCAAGCUUCAUGGUUCCUGGGCCCCCCAGUUCCGUGUGGCUCUUCUCUAGAGGGGCCCUGACACCCCUGAAUCAACUCUGUCCUUGGCGGGACAGUCCCUCCCUGCUGGCAGUCUCUUCUCGUUGGCUCCCUCGACCUGCUAUCUCUUCUGAAAGCCUGGCUGAUCAGGAGUGGGGGCUCCCCUCACACUGGGGAGCUUGCCCUUUACCCCCGGGACUGCUGCUGCCUGGAUGUCUGGGACCCCAGAUCAGGCUCUGGAGACGCUGCUACCUGAGGGGAAGGCCUGAGGUCCAGAUGGGCCUCUCAGCUCCCACAAUCUCUGGUCUCCAGGAGGAGCUAUCCCAUCUUCAAGAGUUAUUAAGGAAAUGGACACCACGAAUAUCUCCCGAGGAUCACUCCAAGAAAAGAAACCCAAAUACCAUUCUCUCCAAUCCCGUUGAAAUUGCUGGCUUUCUCAUGGGCAGGGCAGAGGGUGGCCUGGGGUGAGGGAGAGUUUUGUCUAAUCCUUGGGUUUUUCUUAUCUGGUCUUGCUGCCUCAGCUUUCAUAAACAAGAUCACUGACCUGAGUUUCUAUUGAGGAUGAGUGGUGCUAACCUUAUCCAACUCUUAUCCUGCCUUGUUUGGUUUAAACAGUUCUUAGCAUUUGAAGAAUUAAGAAACAACAACAAUCCAGAAGACUGCCUCUCUUUUUCAGGGCAAUUCCAUGUCUUUGGGAUGGAAAUUUUGGAUAUUGCGCUGGUAAAUUGUGAUAAUCAGAUAAUACUGUUUAUCAGUGCCAACAAGAUGGCCUACAGACCUCCUUCUCACCUCCUCUUGCUGCUUAAUUCCAAUUUCUAUUUCUUCCCUUAUAGUUUUCUAUGGGUAUGGAAUAUACACGGGACACCCUAUCUCUUCCAAUUAUAUAUUUUCAUUGUGACAUUUCUAUUUAAGGAGUUCAUUAAAGCACAAUAUUUAUACA